CAGGGGAGGGGGACCGACCCGGAGAAGAGAAGCGUGGGAAGUGGUGUGGCACUGUGCAAGCUUUCCAUUCAUCCCCGACCGCACAAAGAAAAAGGAAAAAAAAAAAUGAGCGAGGAGACGGUCCGCCUCCGCCCCCGCCUCCCCGCCACCGCGCCGCCGCCGUCCCCGCUCGACGACGACGACCUCCUCCAGGAGAUCCUCCUCCGCCUCCCACCGCACCCCUCCUCGCUUCCCACCGCCUCCGCCGUCUGCAAGCGCUGGCACCGCCUCGUCCUCGACCCCGGGUUCCGCCCCCGCUUCUGCGACCACCACCGGGAGCCCCCCUUGCUCGGCUUCUUCCUCCACUACGACUUCGAUCCCGUCUUCUCCUUCAACGCCGGCUUCCGAUCCACCCACCGCCUCCCCGCCGCCAUCCCCGCCGACCGCUUCCUCCCCGCCAAGGAGGCUGGCUUGCGGUGGGAGAUCAUCAACUGCUGCAAGGGGCUUGUCCUCUUCAGGAUUUUCCGCGGGGACAGGAAAUGCAAAGAGUUCCUGGUCGUUGACCCCAUCUCCGGCGACCGCCGCCGCGUGCACUUCCCCCUGGUGGACGGCAAGUUCCUCUGCGCCACCGUGGUUCCUGUCGCCGAUGACCGCCGUUUGUUCUGCCUGGUCGCUGUAUUCGCCGAGAGGGGCACCUGCACCAGUGUGUUCGCCUCCGUUUACUCGUCGGAGGCCGGCGUUUGGGGCGACUACGUCUCCACAUUGUCUGUGCCAUGGAUUGUCUGGGUGAUGCGGCCGGCCGUCCUUGCCAGCGAUGCAGUUCACUGGUUUCUUGAUGGCUAUAGGGUCCUUAUGUUUCACUUGGAGAUGCAGAGGCUAGAAUUCAGUGAGCUACCACUGGAUGCAAAGGAUGAUGAGGAUUUUCAUCACCGGUGUCGGUGUCAGAUUGUGCCAGCAGGUGAUAGCCGGGUUGGUCUUGCAGUUAUAGUUGAAUCAAGAAUGCAAUUAUGGGAGAGGGAGAUUGGAGAUGGCAGUGAUGCUACAUGGUUGCUGACUAGAACUUUCCAACUGGACUUUCUUCCCUUCGAACCGCAGGGGCGUACACUGAUUGUGGGUGUCGCCGAGGAGAAUAACUCCGUACUUGUUUGGACGCGUGUUGGUCUGUUUAUGGUCCACCUCAAGUUCAUGCACUGUAGGAAGGUCUUUGGAGAAAUCUCCAUUGACAACUAUUAUCCCUACUCAAGCUUCUAAACUGCAGAUGCUAGCUCAUUUGUGGAUACAGCGGUUCGUGAGUCCUGCAUAAUAUACUUCUACUUGAUUAAGACUAUGAUGGAAGAUUCAUCAUGGAGUUCGGUAGAAUGUUAAUCCUGAUAGUUGUGAAAUUGAUGUUUAGCUCUAGCAGAUGGUGGAACUGGAAGUCCAUUUACAUACCUACAAGAGCAGCGUGUUCAGGUGCCAUGUGGACAUCUGCCUUGGAUAUUUGGUAUGCUGAUGGCUGCGUGUCGGCAUCUGAUAUCUGACACAUUUUAGCCCGCUGUGUUUUGAGCUGAUUAUCCAAUUAAUAACCUUGCUGCUGAACCUGUGAUUUGCUGUACCUAAUUGAUGAACUCCGUCGAUCUAAAAUAAACCAACUUCGUGAGU